CGAUUUUGGGCGUAAGUAGUUGCCUUUGAACCCAGACGAACCCAUAUAUUUGUCCCAGACAAAUGUCCGAGUUCCAGGGAAAGGUUAUGGAGUAUGAGUAAUAGCAGGCUUUUUGAUGAUUUACUUUACAAGCAUUUAAUGAUUUAAACUGACAAAAGCUACACUUUAAUGACCAAUCCGUGCCAACGAUUAUAAUACCGAGCCCUGAUUUAACCCGAGAAAGGUAGUGCGUGGUGGAGCCAUUGUUUUCGACAGUGGGAGGCGCUAUUAUAUCAUAUUUCUAGAUUUUUUAAAUUUUGUACUUUAACUUUGUUAUGAGCUACUUUAAAGUUAAUUUAGAAAAGAUCUUAGAUUUGUAACAUCAGUCUCAAGCGUCUGGAAUGAAGACAAGGUCAUCCCGCUGACCUGCUACCAGUGUGAUCGAGCACUGGCUGACAGCCGUGUACAGAGGGAUCCUGGUGGCUGGCGAAUGUGUUGUUGGGGAUGUGGAUUUCUGUGGUGCUGGCGCUCACUGUGCUCCCUGCCAUGUUCGGGCUGUCGCUGGGCUUCACAGACCUCUACAUUAAAGUGCUGGUCAAAACACUGGAGUGGGCAGCUCUGAGAAUUCAGAGGGCACAGAAGGUACCUGCAGUCCCCUGUCAUCUACCCAAUGGAAUUAUUCAGAAAGGUGACAGCUCUAUGGAAGAAGAGAUCGUGGAGCUGCGUCGCAUGCAUCCACACCCUCUUACUGGGGGAAACUUCACGCUGUGUGACACCUUUUACUUCUGUAAGAAGGGCAUAGAGAGCAUUGUGGAAGAUCAGGUCACUCAGCGCUUUACGUCUGAGGAGCUUGCCUCCUGGAACCUGCUGACUCGGACAAACAACAACUUCCAUUACAUCAGCAUGCGAGUUACCAUCAUAUGGGGCCUGGGUGUGUUCAUUCGCUACUGUAUCCUCUUACCUCUUAGGAUCAUCCUUGCUGCUACUGGACUGAGCUGGCUAGUGAUAGGCACCACACUGGUGGGCAUACUGCCCAACAGCAAUGUGAAGGACAGGAUUAGUGAUCUGCUCCACAUUACUUGCUACAGGAUCUGUGCUAGAGGCUUGUCAGCCAAAAUUCACUACCACAACAAAGAAAAUCAUCCAAAGAAAGGAGGCAUUUGUGUUGCAAACCAUACUUCUCCAAUCGAUAUUGUUAUUUUGGCUAAUGAUGGAUGUUAUGCUAUGGUCGGUCAAGUUCAUGGCGGCCUGAUGGGGCUCAUUCAGCGGUCCAUGGUGAGAUCCUGCCCCCAUGUAUGGUUUGAGAGGUCAGAGAUGAAAGAUCGCCAUGCAGUGGCCAAAAGACUGAGAGAUCAUGUUGCUGACAAAACCAAACAGCCCAUUCUUAUUUUCCCAGAGGGAACUUGCAUUAAUAACACAUCUGUCAUGAUGUUCAAAAAGGGAAGCUUUGAGAUCGGAAAGACCAUACACCCAGUAGCAAUAAAGUAUGACCCACAGUUCGGAGAUGCUUUCUGGAACAGUGCAAAGUACAGCAUGGUGGCGUAUCUCCUCAGGAUGAUGACCAGCUGGGCUAUAGUAUGCAAUGUGUGGUACUUGCCUCCUAUGAGCCAACAGGAUGGGGAGGAUGCUGUCAAUUUUGCCAACAGGGUGAAAUCAGCCAUAGCGCACCAGGGGGGAUUGGUUGAUCUGUCCUGGGACGGAGGCUUAAAGAGGGGGAAAGUAAAAGAGUCUUACAAGGAGGCUCAACAGAAGAUGUACAGCAGUAUGAUAGUAGGGCACUGAAGAGACUACCCUGCCAUUUCCACAGGUCUACACUAGUUGUUCUAGAAACAUCUGGAAGCCUGCAGUCUGGGAUCAAUCUAAAUGGUUCUUGGGAAGUCACGGUUGAUUGAUUCAGUUUUCUAUCAUGGUAUCAGGCCUACUCUGUAUAUUUUCACCUAGGGGUUGUAUGACUUGUGGAAAAUACUUGGGGAAAGUGGGAAAUGCUUUUUUCUACGUUGAUUGAGACAUUUGAUAUGAGCAUGUCAGUGAAAGCUGUAUACUGAAUUGUCAGCUGUAUACUGAAUUGACAGCAUUUUUUAAAAUGCAAAUUAUGAUUUCAGUUUUGUUCUUAUACUUUGAUCAUCUGAUAUUAAAUCACAUUUUCUUUUUUCUUCUUUUAGCUGUUGCUCUUUUCAACUGUUAAAAUAUCACUCAGGCUGGUUGUUUUGAUGCAUAGUUGUAUAUGUAUCAUAUUUGUGAUUUGUUAUGAAAUUAGCUGUGCCAUUUCUUCCAAAUUGUUUGAAUACAGUAUGUGUGUGUGCAUGCUUUUAUGUGUUUGUGUAUUUUUGUGUGUUUUUAUCAGCACUUUAUAAAGAUGUUACUAAUUUCAGGA